CCUCUCGUUUGUUUGAAAUGUGAUUCCAUUGAACUUGGACUAUUGUUGUUGGAUGAGAAGCUCACCUUGGCAUUGAGGCUUCUGGUAUCCAAUACUACGGAGCAAACUGUGGUCGAAUUGCAGAUGUUGAAGGCUGGACACUAUGCUUUAAGGAUAAAAAUGGCCACGUGUCCUGGAUUCUUGGAAGAAUUUUCAUCCUGACCACUGUCCUGGAUCUAUACCAUCAUAGGAAAGAGUGCCUCAUUUCUUGUCAAAGAAAGACUUUUAUGAUUUUUAUUUUUCUGUGGACAUUAUUUGAGUAGUCAUCAUGCCUAUUCUGAAGCAGCUUGUGUCCUCGUCCUCCCAGUCGAAGCGGCGUUCUCGUGCUGACCUGACUGCGGAGAUGAUCAGCGCACCUUUGGGAGACUUCCGUCACACUAUGCACGUGGGUCGAGGAGGUGACGCGUUCGGGGACACCUCCUUUCUUAGCACCCGCUCAGGGGAGCCACCAAAGGAGCCGGAGGUACAGCAGAGCUCACCUAAACAGAGCCUCCUUUCUCGUACAUUCCGAAGCAGCAAGCGUUCGCAGUCGGCCAAUCGUGACAAGCUUGACAAAUCCAAACUGGUGCCCCCAGGUGGUUCGCCGAGUUAUGUAAAAAAUGCAAUCUCACUGCCAUAUUUGAAUGACGAUGACACAGGACUAAGUACUGGAAUCCGCUUUCCCAAGAGUGUGUCCUCAAGUCCUUUAAAGAAACUUCCAGAAGGCGAAAUAAAGCCACUUAAUGGAGCCACGGCAUCCCCUGUAUCAGACUUAGAGCUGGACGAGAGGAAUUUUGGAGAGCUGACUGACUUGCGUCCAUCGGUUCCUUAUACCGGAGGCAUGAAACGUACCGAAUCCAUCAUGUCCUUCAACAUUGAUCUGGGUCCCUCAAUGCUUGGUGACAUCUUGAGUGUGAUGGACAAGAAGGGCAUUGAUGAUGACGAUCUUGGAUUUGAAGAGGGGAAGAGUUGCGAGGGAUUCAGCUCACCAACCCAAAGCCCACCCAACGAGGUAGAAGAAGAGGACGCUCUUCCUCCAAUCCGGCCCCCACGCCAAAGGCCAGUCACCAACAAUUACACUCCAGAGCUCCAAACCAGGAACCAUCAAAACCUGGACAGCUGUUCCCUCUCCAGUUCAGGGUCCACCGUGCUGGAUGAAAAAUCCCACAAUCAGAUGUAUGAGAGGAGCACAAACAACAUCAAGGUCAGCUCACCUCGAGUUCAAGACGACGGGGACUUCUCCUACAUGGAUGACGACGAUGAUGACGAGAUUAGGGUGUAAAGUGAACUGUAAGGUGCCAGAACAGUCUUUUGCAAAGACUAAAAGAAAUGGUGGAAGUGGGUUGUGGUCAGUUGGUGGAAUAUAAAGCCUGUACAUUGACUUGGAGGACUGAUUUUAUAAUGGAGAUGAAAGGGAAAAAAUAUAGUUUUAGCCCUUGCUAAAGGCUUUUUCACUACACUUUCUAGAUCAGGUAUAUGAACCCUUUGUUACUAGUGACUUUCACCAGAACCAACACAGCUGUGAGAAAAAUGUGCUUGCGUGUUUGCAUAUGGCAAGGGAAUUCCAUUUCAAAUUGUAAUUACAGUCUCGUGAGUAUCAUUAACGAAUUCCAGUGUUGACCACUUGGAAUGCUGAUACAGGAGGUUUGUGUGGAACCAAGCCUCACAUUCUCCCAUGAUAGAUGCAGUACUCUUUGCUAAUGCCUUUAAAUUCUGAUAAAAAUGCUAACGGCAACAGUCUUAAGUUUCCUACUUUAUGUUUUACAGCUUUUGAUUCCAUCUUUAAGUUCCUAAAUUCUUAAUUUUGCCUUGUAUACCAAAACCAUAAUGAUGUAAAUGGUGAGAUGAUUGGAAUACCAUAAACGUGUUUGGAGGUUUAACAGAACGCUUUAUCUCUGACAUAUGUUACCUUUUUCCCAUCGAGAGCUGAUAAUGUAGUAGAUGUGGACUUUGUCAUGUGUUCCAUGCAUGCUUAAGAGGAUUUCCUGUCAGGUGUCAUGAUAUUCUCAAUCAUGGAGAUUUCAGAUUGAUGGGAUGCAGACACCGAAAGCAGUGGUGACGUCACAUUACUUGUAGGCAGUAAAAUCAGUCCAAGUGGAACCAAUUGUCAGUUUGUGUCAAGAGGGCUGAGGAGUGUGUUAUUUGAUUAUCAUUGUAUAGGCACAGAGAUGAAGAGUGUAGCUCUCUUAUUCAGGGUCUAACGUAGUGCCUUGAACUUCAAACUGUGCUCAUCAGCAGAAGUGGCUCUGGAGGGUUUAAUCUCUGAAUGACUUUUAUA